GAGAAAAUAACGCAAAAAAAUCCAGAAACAUUUAUAUUUUGUGAGUUAUGGAAUUAGUAGGGUCACAGAUUAGCCUAGCAACGCGUGAAAAAAUACAAGCAGCACCAAUUUAUUACCCACCCGUUUACAUACAUCGACCCGCUUCCGCUUCAUUGAGUUUCCAUCGAAAUCGGUUAAUAUCACGUAACAAUAGUAUUUUGUUUCAAAAUCGACGACCAUUGUCAGCUGACAGUCAAUUUAAUAAUUUAAAAAGAAACUCUAGUGUGAAAUUUAAUUUUGGAAAUAAAAAUCACCGAAAAGCAAAUUCUUCGUCAAAUAUUUUCAACUUGUUAAUUGAUGAGCAUUCAAUGUCGUCAAAAUAUUGGACAGCAGCAGAAAAUAAAGAAAAAUUUAUGGUAAAUUGUAACAAUGAACUGAAAUUAAAUGAGGAUUCACAAAAAGAGAACGAUACAAUGAGUUGUAGUGAAAGUACUGAGGAGAAUAUUGUGACUAUGAAGGAUAACCUAAUGGCAGAGAAUGAGAACAAUGAAAAUCAUCAUGAUACAUCAAAAACAUUUGAAAUUUGCAGAUCGUCUCACAUCAAGCAACGUCCAGAUUCAUUAAAAUUAUCCUUCGCAUACGGCAGCUCAACUGAUCUCGGAAAAUCUGUUUUCAGUAAUAGCAACGUCAAUCAAACUAAAUCCUUGACAGUUGAUGGAAACAAGAGCCAUCAUAGUGGCAAAAAGUCGACGUCUUACGACUUAUGGGUUAACGAAAAUGCUUCAAAAGUUGUAAAUGUUAGUGAUGGUGAAUGUAAAAAGUUAGAUUUGCCAGGACGUGUGUCAUUCAGCACAAAUGAUGUAUAUGAGAUAGAUUAUAGUGAUACUGAAUCAAGUCAUACAAGUGGUAAUGUUGAAAAAUUAAAUAAAUCAUUUGAUGAACAGCAGAUCCAACAACAACACCAUCGAGAGAAUGAUAAAGUUACUUCGUUUUCCAAUACAAAACGAUAUGUAAAAGAACAUUAUAUUGAAAGUAAUUCCGAUAAUGAGCUCGAUGAGCUUAAUUAUCAAUACUGCAAAGAUAACGAGAAAUCAUUAAAAUUGAAUCAAAUUAUAGACGAUUACAAAACAGAAGUUGCUACAAUUAAUCAUCGAAUGGCAGAUAAAACAACAAGCACAACAUCAACACAAUUGAAUAAUUUGCGAAAUAAACAGCACAUAAUCGACAAUAAUAGCAAUAAAAUAAAUCAAUCGAUGAAUCCUGUAAUUAAAAAAUAUUUAAAAGCCAAAGACCAGGAGAUUGGAUCAUCAAAUGAAAAUUACAACAGCUCAGUUUCCAAUAAUCGAAAAAUUAAUGAUCUAUCAAAGAAAUCUAAAAAUUUAAAGGAUUUAACAAAGCCAGCCAAAUACUCGAAUACAAUUGGAAAGUCAUCAAGUAAUGCAACAAUUGGUCACCAUAGAACGAGUAGUGCUGAUAAAAUGAAAAAACCACCAAAAUCACCAUCGACUGGAUUGUAUGGACAUCAGCAGAGGCAAGAUUCGACAUUAGAUGAGUUUCAAAUUGAAAAAGUGGUUAGUUGGAUGUCUGUAAAUGAGGACAAUUUUUCCGAACUUGAUUUUAGUACUAUUGUCGGUGGAAGUGGAGUUGGAACGUGUCACAUUAAUGACAAUAAUAAAGAAGUUGAAAAUAUCAAAGAUGAAUCAACAUAUCAAGAGAUUGUCAGCUUUAUAAAGGAGAUUGAUCAUGAUAGAAAAGAUACAGAAGACUUUAAGACACUUAAAACUGAUGUAGAAUUUAAGUUAAACACAAUAUUAAACUCAAUGGCAUCGCCUGAAAAUGAAAUGUCGAUAACAGAGUGCACAGAUACUGUAGAGAAUGCAAAUAUCAAGCUCAAAGAAAUUUUCUCAUACUUGGAUAAAGUUGAUUCGACAUGUGACAAAGCAAUGAAAGAGAUGAAGGGCAAUAACCUCGUUGAACGAGAAAAUGUAGAACUUGAGUUCGCAAUGGAGCCUGAUGUCAUUGAAGAUGUUCCCAAAAUAUCGGAUCUUCUUAUGUUGCCAAAUCAUCAAUUGGCUCGUCGCAUUGUAAAGCUUUCGUUGCGUGCGAAUGAACUUUCAAAUGCAAUUCAAUUGAGCAAAGAGCAUGUAGGAAAUGUUAGAAAUGAUAAAGCAAAAGCAUUACGCUUGGAAAAGUUGAAUGGACAGAACCGCUUGAAGGAACAAAAAAAGCAUUACGAGGAAAUAGUAGCACGACAUCAAACCUUCAUCGAACAAUUGAUUAAAGAUAAGGGAUCAUUAUGCGAGAAAGUAUCACAAAUAACAAGACGCUUGGAUAGUCAAAAUCAAGCGUGGGAGCAUCGAUUAAAGACAGAAAUUGAGAAAGUUAAGGAACAAACGAUAGCGGGUGAAAAGAUUCGUCGUGAGAAGUGGGUUCGUGAUAAUACCAAGAAAAUAAAAGAACUGACAGUAAAAGGAUUGGAGAUAGAAAUUUAUAAAAUGACAUCGAAUCACAAACAAGAUAUUGAUGCAAUAAAACGACAGCAUCAACUUGACAUCAUGAAAGCUAUUGAAGAGACAAAAGAUAAAUAUGAAAAGUCAGAAAAAGCAAUUCGUGAGUCUUAUGCUGAAGAGCGUGAACUGGCAAUUGAACGUGAACGUCGUGCGAUAAAAGAACGUUUCGAGAAGCAAUUGGAUGAUGAGAGAAAAUCGUCAGAGCAACAGCGUAUAAGAAUGAUUCAUGAUUUCGAGAUCGAGAAGGAACGUUUAUAUAGUGAGAUUCGCGAAAAGGAACAUCAAUUUGAAAUGAAAAAGGAUGAAUUGAUAAAUGAACGAAUUGAAUUGUUGGAUGACGCAAAGGAGUCAUAUGAUGAGAAAUUCAAACAACGGGAGUCAAAACAUCAAAUGGAGUUAAAUAAAAUUCAGGAGCAAUACGAGACUGAUUUUAAGAUAUGGAAGCGAGAUUUUGAGAAUAAAAUGAAAUUGCGUGAAUCCGAAAAAGAAAAUACAAUACGCGAAACAUAUCGACUGGAGCGGGAUAGACAAAUUGAUGCGAUUAUUUCAAAAAUGGAUAUGGAAUCGACUAAGAAUCAGCAAGAUUAUGAAAGCAAAUUAAAUCGAAUGAAAGAAAAAUACGAGCAUGAAAUUAGAGAAUUGGAAAAUUCCGAAAAAGUAUUAAAGGACAAAUAUAUUGAAGCACGAACGCGACUAGCUGAGAGUGAAGCAAAUGUACAGAAUCUUAAAUCAAUGGUUACUCAAAUGGAACUUCAAUUGAAUCACUUGACAAAGCUAUGUGAAAAGUAUACAGCUGAAAAGGAUAACUUGAAAGAAGAGGCCCACAAAGAAAUCAAAACAGAAUUGCAAACUAUCAACAAAGAGCAUGAAAUGGAAAUACAACGAAUUUAUUCUCGAGUGCAACAGGCUAUACAGAAAAAGGAUGCCACUUUAGAAGUACUUCAAAAGGAAAAUGCAGCAUUGCGAGAGCGGAAUUUGAAAAUGGAUGCCAUAAUUAGACAACAGAGGAAGGAUUAUUGUACUAAAUGAUGUUUCCUCAGCGACAUUUGGCAGUAGUUACAAAUGAACGGAAAAAAAGUUUCUGUCAUAUUUUAUUGACUGCGAUUUUUAUUGUGAGAUCAGUGCUGUGUGUGUAUAAAACGUGCAUGUCUGAAAAACAACGAUGUUCAAAGUGAUCUGAAAGACACAUCCUCUAGCAGAAAUUUACUAGUAAUUUACUGGAUAACUUUCCAUUUGCUACUUGCUAUUUACUAGUCAAAAUCCAAGUUCAAAUCUUCGCCAAAGACCCGCAUUUUGACUUGCUAAUUGACUAGUCAAUUCGCUUACAAUUUAACUAGUAAUUUACUAGUAAAUUUUGGCAAAAAAAUUAAAUGAAUAUAAC